CUUAAAUAUUCGCUCGCGGGUCCCGCGCCAGGAGCUUUGCAUUGCGCCCCGGUCUCCUCCCGCUCUGCCUGGAAACAAGGCGCCUUGAGCGGACGUCAAAGAGCAGCUGAGAGGCUUAAAAUGUCAAAACUCUGGCGGUAGGCAGGCGACAAAGUUUCCGCAUCGGCGGCGGCGCUCGCGCGGGCUAAAGAAAAGAAAAAGAAAAAAGAAAAAAAAAGAAAAAGAAAAAGUGGACGAACGCGGUAAGACACCGGGGGUGGGGGGGUGGGGGGGGGAGAGACGGCUGUCAAGACUUUCGCUUGUGAUGUUGUGACGCGCGCAGCCCUCCUGAAAAGUUGCGAGUCGCGCGCAAGACAUUUCACUGGCUUUAGAUGUCCGCGCAGUUAGAAGGAGGCCUCCGGCUGGAACCCCCCGUGGACCUCCCGGCGCUCAAAGCCGAAUCAGAUGGGCGACGAGUUGACGUGACAGAUCCGGACGGAUGCUCGCCGGGCGACGGAGGGUGGCGCGGAGUGCGUCAGGGAUCCCCCAAGCAAGUAAGCAGCCGGGACCGGGGAGGAAGCAGCCGCCGCCCCCGCAGCAGCAGCAGCAGCGGAAGAUGUCCCGGAGCCCCAAAUGCGCCCGCUGUCGGAACCACGGCGUCGUGUCGUGUCUGAAAGGCCACAAACGCUUCUGCCGCUGGCGGGACUGCCGCUGCGCCAACUGUCUGCUGGUGGUGGAGCGGCAGCGGGUGAUGGCGGCGCAGGUCGCCCUGCGGCGGCAACAGGCUGCGGAGGGUAAAAGAGGGGUCAGGUGCGCUGCUCCGGUGCGGAGGACGGCGUACCAGCGCUACAGCCGAGCAGCCGAGCCAACCGUCCCUGGCUAAAAGCAUCCUACAG